AUGGCCAUGGUCGGUGCAGUGGCUGACGGGUAUGCUACUGUUACUACGGACGCCGGGCUCAAUGCUGAUGGCGGCCCAGACACAUGGGCCCUGGUCAGCUCGGGAAAUGUUAACUUGUACGCCCUGCAGAACUUUGGGUCGGCCAUCAUUGCCAACGCGCUCAUCGCGCGCUUCUACGGCCGGCCAUCGGCGUACUCGUACUGGAACGGGUGCUCGCAGGGAGGGAAGCGGGACUGA